UGUUUAUCAGCUGCUCAAGCUCCGUGAUCUAGCUAAUUCAAAUAAAGCUCUCUCUCUCUCUCUCUCUCUCUCUCUCCCCCUCCUUUCCUCUUAUAAAUAGCCAUCUCCUCAUUCCCCAGCUUCUCAAACCCAAACACCAAUCCUCUCUAAGCCUCACCCACCUGUCCCUGAAGAAACACAAGAGAAUUUGGAGAUAGGAAGGAACUGAAAAAGAGAUUCAAUGGAGGAAACCAGAGCCGGUGGUUUCUCUAACCCUUCACUGCCAACAACGACAACAACUAGUGUUACAGCGGCCGGAAAGGGGACAGUUCCACCACCGCUGGCGGCGGCGACUACGGUGCAAAGCUCGCCGUGGCACUCUCCGGUGCCGUACCUCUUCGGCGGCCUGGCGGCGAUGCUGGGUCUGAUUGCCUUCGCCCUCUUGAUCCUGGCCUGCUCGUACUGGAAGCUCGCUGGCCAUUUGGAGAAUGGGGAAACUCGUGAUGAAGGUGAGGAGAGAGAUCUGGAGGGUGGCCAUGAUAACCCGGAAGUUUGCCCCGGGAAGGCAUUGCCGGAGUUUGAAGAGAAGAUACUGGUGAUAAUGGCCGGCGAUGUGAAGCCAACUUUUCUUGCCACGCCGGCCAUGUCAAUCAGCAAAGCUUCCUCGUUUCCUAAUGCUAGAGAAGACAAGGCCCAAGUGGCUGAGAAGCCCAAAACAGAGGUGGGUCUUCAUGAUCAAACUGCCGCCGCCCCAGCCGCCGCCGGAAGUUCAAGAGAAAAUACAGAUUGUCCAGAGAACCAAGAGCGAAGCCAAUGAGCUAGCUAUGUUUUAACAAUUUUUUAGAGAGAAGAUUAAAGAUAAGGGUUUUCUGUUUGUUAAUUAAUUUAACAAAGAGAAAUUUAUUCACCAUAUUCGAAUUCAAGAAAUUUAUAAAUAUAUAUAUAUUUAUAAUAUGCAUCUGCCAAAGUGCAUAAAUCGUUAUGGUAAUUUGGAAAAUGUUGAGGAGAGAAUAAAGCAAAGGAGAGGAGGAUUGCAUAUAUUCUUAACAGCCCACGAUGGUUCUUGAUGUGACCGCCGGCGACACAGGUCCCGCCACUGUCUCCGGCGGACACUUGAAGAAAGAGGUGGAGAGGGAGAGGGCUCUGAGGUAAUCUAUUCUGUGAAUUUUAUUGGGAUUUAUGCAGAGUUAACAGGGAUACGUGGCUGAAUAAGAGGGUUUCUGGGUUGGGGAAGCAACGUGUAAAAAGUUAUGCUGUUCAGCCGGUGGCGGUGGCGGUGGCGGGUGUUCCGUGUGCUGAUGGAUGGUAUGCGGCAAUGCGAAACCCGCCGAGCUAAUUAAUGCAA